AUGUCUGCCGACACCUCAGAUCUCACAAAGGUCGAUUCCGCCAUUGGUGGUAUGGCCACUUCUCCUCCCAAAGAGACAAAGCGAAGAACAACCUCUUCUGCACCAGGAGUCAUGAACAUCAACGAUCUAGAGAAAGAAGGUACAAAGAUUGCUGUCGCCGUGGAGACGCAAAAAACCGGCUGGAAACUCAACACCUCACCAAGUACCGUCGAAGAUCCUUCCAUCCUCAAAAAGAUGCUCACCGAGCCCCCUCUCAAGAAGAUCGACCUCCAUUUCCCCCUAGGUCUUGAAGUCACCGCUCGAAACCUCAAGGGUGUCACGAUAAAGGAUGCCCUCGAUGCCAUUCACAAGCAAUUCAAGAAGAAGGCGGAUGACGAGUUGGAGGAACCAUACCUCAAAGGCUUCGAAUGGGAUCCUGAGGAAUCAUGGACAAGAUUGAAGGUUCACACCCAGAAAGAGGGCCUGCCGGUAGGCAAGAAGUCCAAGAAGAAGGGGGGUGAGGAAUAG